AUGCAGUACAUCGCUACAUUACUGCCCCUGUCCGAAGGUAACGCCGUGCGGCUAGACGUGAACCGCCCCACCCUUCUACAGUACAUCUCCACCCGAAGCCCGUCCCAGCUGUUCGACGCGCUGGUCGCUAAGAAGGCGCUGAGCAGGCGGGACGUCCACGUCAUCUGUAGCAACAAGGAGACGGACGUAGACAUCAACAGUGCCCUACUUGACACCAUCAGUAAGAAGGGAGAUGACGCCUUCAAGGCGCUCUCUGAGGCGCUCCGGAAGGGCGGGUCCUGGCAGGGGUACCUGGCAGACGUACUGGAGGGGAAGGGACUCAUGAUAGGUAAGGUUUGUUUGUUUGUUUGUUUGUUUGUUUGUUUGUUUGUUCAAGGCGCUCUCUGAGGCGCUGCGGAAGGGCGGGUCGUGGCAGGGGUAACUGGCGGACGUGUUGGAGGGGAAGGGACUCA